ACGUCCCCGCACUUCCGCUCCCCGUGAUACCGGAGAGAAGUUCUGACAGCUCAGGCUCCACUCAGUUCCUUCCCAUCCCCGACCCCCCCAAAAUCACAUUUUAUCACCGUUUACAUUCGCGAGUGCCUCAAUUAAUCAUCGAGCUGAGGACGAGCGAUUAUGGUGUAGCACGGACCGCUAGCUUCAAAAGAGAUUACAGGCGCUUGUGUUGCGGCGCGGCGCACGAGGGCGGGGCAGAGCGCAGAGCACAGCGGUAGCCAUGCUUACAUUGGCCAGCAAACUAAAGAGGAAUGAAGGCGGACAGACGGGCCGAGCCGGCGGAUCCCCCGAUGCCACACACAGGGUCUCCAUCAGGGACCGUCUCCUUACCAAAGAAGUUGCCGAACUUGAAGCCAAUCUUCCUAGUACAUGCAAAGCCAAUUUCCCUGAUGAAGACAAGCUACACCAUUUUCAGCUGGCAGUGUCUCCUGAUGAAGGUUACUACCAAAGUGGCAGGUUUCAGUUUGAAAUCGAUGUCCCUGAAGCCUAUAACAUGGUGCCUCCGAAAGUAAGAUGCCUGACCAGAAUAUGGCAUCCAAAUAUCACAGAGAAUGGGGAGAUCUGCUUGAGCCUAUUGCGUGAACAUUCUAUUGACGGCACAGGGUGGGCUCCUACCAGAACAUUAAAGGACGUUGUCUGGGGAUUAAACUCGUUGUUCACUGACCUGUUGAAUUUUGAUGAUCCAUUGAACAUCGAUGCGGCAGAACAUCAUUUGAGAGAUAAGGAGGAUUUUCGGAGCAAAGUUCAAGAUUACAUCAAGCACUACGCCAGAUGAUAGAUGGAUCAAGUCGUACUAAGUUUGCUACCAAGCUGCUCUACCUUUGCCUCAGCCUAUCUCUGAAGUCCACACUGAAUUAGCAGCCGGCCGUCUUUAACGUGGCGCUCUGCUCACCUUCUCGCAAUAAACCAUAACAGAAACAAACAUGGGAAACACACAGUCGAGCAAGGACGCAAAGCAUUAUGCUUUAUUUUUUUGGAGAGUUCACGUUGACGCGCUCACCCGACGCUGUUAUUUCGACACUUAAGACGUCUGGUGAGCAACCGGUCGCUUUUCGACUCGGUCUUUUUUUUUGUUUGUUUGUUUUAGAGUGAGUAAAUAAGAGGUUUAUAUAUGUGCGUUCUCCAUUCCAGUGCCUGCAGUGUUUGUGUUGGCAGAAAGGAGAAAAAUAAAUGCAUGCGAAUUGACAUGAUGUAAUCUGAACACAUUUACACACAUUUGUAGACACCUUAAAUGCUACAUGUGACCUGGCCGGGCCCACAAGACAGCGUUUGAAUGAUCAACACCAUAUCAUCCUAAACUCUUUCACAAUCAGACACAUGCACAUACCUUGAACACUUUUUUUUUUAACCUAUAUGUGCAUAAUUGGAGACUCUAGUUUUUGUCAUCUUCAUUCCCUGUUUUACACAAUCCCCCCCAUCCCCGUCUCACAUAAACACAAAAUGUACCAGGGAUGUGAAGAUGUUUUCAUGCCUAUAACUGAAGUGUAGCCAGGGAUGAAAUCGUCUGUUAAUUUCGAUCUUUCACGGCAAAAUAACUUCUUUUUUUUGGCACCUAUGAAAGCAGAAAAAUACUUGAAAAAUAAUUACAGGGGUUCCUGGAUUUAUGAUGUUUCAAAAAUACAUAAGGGGCAUAAAAAUCAAGAAGGCUACCCGCUUACCGCAGUAUUUACUUUUCUUUAGCCCAAUAGCAUGCCAAAGUCUUAAUGUUUUUGGAAUACAAAGCAAAAAAAGCAAACAACAACCCGGUCUUCUCUAUUGAAUCUUUGCAGAGUGUCAUGACCGUGCAUUACUUACACUUACUUGCAAAAACAUGACAAAAUAAUUUUUUUUACCCAUGCAAAGGUAUUUAUCAAUUUUCUUUGGACAGUAAGUUAUAAAUGACUUUGGUCGCUAUCCUAUCAUGCUAAGGGUUAAUGGACUUGAAGUGUUUUUCCAUGCAAAUGUUCACAAUAAUUGGGAUUUUACGACUGCGUUGUUUAGGUUAGUGAUGAACACAGUCAGACUUCUGGAGGAAUUUGCGUUUGGAUGUAAGAAUGAAACUGUUGUAAACUGAGAAACCCCUGUACUAGAAACCAUUUUUUUUAUUUGCUUUUAUUUUCUGUGCUGUAAAGAAACAACAUUGUUUGCCUGAUUUCUUGAAACUCUCCCAAAGGUUUUUUUUUCCCCCACAAGAAUGUUUGUGGCCACAAAAAAAAGUAUUAAACUGUUAUAUUGGAUUAAAAAAAUGAUAUGGA